AGUGUGGGCAAUCGCUGUGACAAGGGGCAGAGACUGGAUUCUUCCUUUGACGUAAAGCGGUGUGACGUAAAAUGAACGCGACCGGCUUUAAGGAAAAGUAAAUAAAGAGGUACGUGUGUGUUUAUCGCUUAGAUAUAGUGGAUUUGGGUCUACGAACCCGAUGAUAUCGGGGAGCUUUGGAAACCUGCAUGUUGGACAGUGUAGUGCUAAGCAAGCCAUAUAUGUGCCGCGGAAUUCGACUGAACAUAUGCGGCGUUUACGGCAGGUUGGGGACGGUGUCAUCUGAAAAUCGAAUCUGCAUUUGCAACAUGUGGGAGGAAAUGAAAGUCAGUUGCUCUUUGCUUCCUGCAGUUCUGUCAGUCGGAACAUAUAUGGAGUGUGUAGUACGUGUGUAGCAUUUGACCAGUAUGGGGGCUUGUUCUACCUUAAUCUUGGCCACAUUUGGGAAGUUUCUGUCUUGUAUCAAGUUACGAGUUGUCUGACAACUGUCCUACAGACAGUACAGAGCUGCCCUUAAAUUCCACCCAUGCUGCGACCAAAAUGAAUCUGCUGGUCCCAACGAAGAUUUCAGUCCUGUCUAACAUCCACCAAAGCCCCCCAGAAGUGAGAGAAGUGACAAACUGGUGGUGGGGGAGAAGGACUGCCAUUGAGAGCAUGACUUGAGGACCUGAACUAGGGGUAGUCACACAGAAGAGAAGAGGACCUGGACUAGGGGUAGGCACACAGAAGAGCACCUGGACUAGAGAAGAACCCUUCUGCACAAGCAUCAUGGUACUGCUGCCUACAAGCCUUACAGAAGAAGAGGAGGCUUUGCAGAGGAAGUUUGCAAAGUUGAAAAAGAAAAAAAAAGCCCUUCUUGCUUUAAAGAAGCAAACAUCUACUAACCAGACAAGCCAGACUGGUAUUAAGAGAUCUCUGUCGGACCAGCCUGCAGUUGACACAGCUACAGCUACAGAACAAGCAAAGAUGUUAGUGAAGACUGGAGCAAUCAGCGCUAUAAAGUCAGGGACAAAAAACAGUGGCUUCAAACGUUCUCGAACCUUGGAAGGCAAACUCAAGGACCCUGAUAAGGGACCUGCUCCAAGCUUCCAGCCUUUCCAGCGCAGCAUUUCUGUAGAUGAGGAACAGACAGAGGGUUCCAGAAGAUCUCAGAGAAAAUCACUCUAUGAAAGUUUUGUCAGCCCCAGUGAACGCAUGCAAGAUGUUGAGAGAGAAAGUGAGGAACAAGAGAGCGACAAGGAUACCCGUCAAGGAGAAAAGGAACUUUUAGACAGAGAACCUUUUGAUAAAGACCGUGGAAGAGAGAGAGAUCGUGAUCGGGACAGAGAAAGAGAUCGAGACCGCAGUGAGAGAGACCGGGAAAAAGAUCACGAAAGGGACAGAGAUGGCUUUUACCGCAGAUCAGAUUCAUUCCCUGAACGUCGGGCCCCGAGGAAAGGUAAUACUGUUUAUGUCCAUGGUGUGGGCAUGAGCCAGACAAUGCUUCAUGAGGCUUUUUCCAGCUUUGGAAACAUUAUUGAUCUUUCUUUGGAUGCUCCAAGGAACUGUGCUUUUGUUACUUAUGAGAAGAUGGAGUCAGCUGACCAGGCUAUUGCAGGGCUUAAUAACAAGUCGAUAGAAGACAUACCGGUAAAGGUCAGCAUAGCUCGGAAACAGCCAAUGUUGGAGGCAGCUACAGGAAAAUCAGUUUGGGGUUCAUUGGCUGUACAGAACAGUGUGAAAGGUUCUCACAGAGAUAAGAGGUCUCAAGUCAAUUACUCUGAAGAUAUUUUUUAGUGAUAAUCAAACUGAUGCUGAUAAAAAGUGAAGAAAAGAGAAGAUCACGGCCCAUGAAUUUCCAUGUGUACAUAGUACACAAAAUAAUUUUGAGGAUGGUAAAAAGUGUCUAUUGACUAUUGAAAGAAACAAGACUAUGUUUAUCUUCUAUGCCCAGGAAAUCAUGUCUAUUUUUGUCUUUUUUUAUUAUUUGCACUUUUCUUGUAGCCGUUUUUAUACCAUUAACAUUAGAAUGUGUAGUAAAACUAUCAUUUAAAAUUACUUUUUGGUUAUUUGUGGACAUUGGGAUAAUUGUAUGCCGCAUUUCUGUAUAAUUGUGUUAAUGCAAUUGCCCAUGCACAGAAUCCUUUACAUGUGUGCAAAUAAAGCCAAAAACUCAAAAGUG